AGAGGCGAGAGGCGGCUGGAGCUGCGGGCGGGCUGGGGGCCUCCGCCGCGCGCACCCCUUGCCCCAAACCCUCCUUGCCAAACUCAGGGCGGCCGGAGCGCCAUGGUGGAAGGCGGCGAGGGGAGGCGCGUUCCUUUGGCCGGAGGAGCUUCCCCGGAGGAGGAGGAGGCGGCAUCGCCUGCCAAGAUCCCAUCUAAUGCCGAGGCUGAAGGAGUCGCGUUCCCACGAGUCACUGCUCAGCCCUGGUAGCGCGGUGGAAGCCCUGGACCUCAGCAUGGAGGAGGAAGUGGUCAUCAAGCCUGUGCACAGCAGCAUCCUCGGCCAGGAUUUCUGCUUCGAGGUGACAACAUCGUCUGGGAGCAAAUGCUUUUCCUGCCGGUCUGCAGCAGAACGGGACAAAUGGAUGGAGAAUCUGCGGCGAGCCGUGCACCCGAACAAGGACAACAGUCGGCGAGUGGAGAACAUGCUCCAGCUAUGGAUUAUCGAAGCCAAAGAACUGCCCGCAAAGAAGCGCUACCUGUGCGAACUCUGCCUGGACGAGGCGCUCUACGCCCGCACCACCUGCAAGCUGAAAACGGACAAUGUCUUCUGGGGAGAGCACUUUGAAUUCAACAACCUCCCGCCACUGCGGAGUAUCGCCAUCCACUUGUACAAGGAGACGGACAAGAAGAAGAAGAAAGACAAGACCAACUUCAUCGGGCUGGUCAGCAUCCCAGCCGGCUCCGUCACGGGGCGCCAGUUCGUGGAGAAGUGGUACCCGGUCGUGACGCCCAACCCCAGCAAGGGCAAGUCCGGAGGGCCCAUGAUCCGCAUCAAGUCACGCUACCAGAGCAUGAGCGUGCUCCCCAUGGAAACGUACAAGGAGUUUGCGGAGUACAUCACCAACAACUACAUGGUUCUCUGCUCCGUGCUGGAGCCCCUGCUGAGUGUCAAGAACAAGGAGGAGAUGGCCUCGGCCUUGGUCCACAUCCUGCAGAGCACAGGAAAAGCCAAGGACUUCCUGACGGACCUCAUGAUGGCCGAAGUCGACCGCUGCGGGGAGAAUGAGCACCUGAUCUUCCGAGAAAACACACUGGCCACCAAAGCCAUUGAGGAGUACCUGAAGCUGGUGGGCCAGAAGUACCUGCAGGACGCCUUAGGGGAGUUCAUCAAGGCCCUGUACGAAUCGGACGAAAACUGCGAGGUGGAUCCCAGCAAGUGCUCCUCCUCGGAUCUCCUGGAGCACCAGAGCAACCUGAAGAUGUGCUGCGAACUGGCCUUCUGCAAGAUCAUUAACUCGUACUGCGUCUUCCCCCGGGAGCUGAAAGAGGUCUUCGCCUCGUGGCGCCAAGAGUGCAGCAGUCGCGGCCGGCCGGACAUCAGCGAGCGCCUGAUCAGCGCCUCCCUCUUCCUCCGCUUCCUCUGCCCGGCCAUCAUGUCACCCUCCCUCUUCAACCUGCUCCAGGAGUACCCGGACGACCGCACUGCCCGGACGCUGACUCUCAUCGCCAAGGUCACCCAAAACCUGGCCAAUUUUGCCAAGUUUGGGAGCAAGGAAGAGUACAUGUACUUCAUGAAUCAGUUUCUGGAACACGAAUGGACCAACAUGCAGCGCUUUCUCCUGGAGAUCUCCAACCCGGAGACCCUCUCCAACACGGCCGGCUUUGAGGGCUACAUCGACCUGGGCCGGGAGCUGGCCACCCUUCACUCCUUGCUCUGGGAGGUGGUGGCUCAGCUGGAUCAGAGCACGGCCACCAAGCUGGGCCCCUUGUCGCGCCUCCUCAGGGACGUCAACGCCGCGCUGAGCAACCCAUCCUGCAUGCAGCUCUCCGUCACCAGCGAUCCGGCCGCCUCCACCCCAAGCGCCGGCAACGGCAUCUCCGUGGGGCUCCAGAAAAUGGUCCUGGAGAGCGAUCUAUCUGGUCUGAUAGAUUUCACACGGUUACCGUCUCCAACUCCUGAAAACAAGGACUUGUUUUUUGUCACAAGGUCUGUGGGGGCUCAGCCAUCGCCUGCCCGGAGCUCCAGCUACUCGGAGGCCAAUGAGCCCGACGUCCAGAUGGCCAAUGGCAGCAAGAGCCUCUCCAUGGUGGACUUGCAGGACAAUCGCCUUUUGGACGGCGGGGGCGGCGGGCUGGGGGCCGCCGAAGCGCUCCCCGAGAGCCACCCCUCCGCCGGGCAGGCCUGGGCCACGCGGACUCAACAGAGCGGCACCAUGGGCACUGCCACCGUGCGCCGCUCGGCACAGACGCCCACCACUCCCAACGCUGAGAACGCCCCUGGCCGGCCGCAGCUGCUGGCCCCCCUCUCCUUCCAGAACCCCGUCUACCAGAUGGCGGCCGGCUUGCCACUCUCUCCCCGGGGACUGGCCGACUCGGGCUCCGAGGGCCACAGCUCACUCAGCUCCCACAGCAACAGCGAAGACUUGGCAGCGGCCACCAAGCAUGGUUUCGGCAACCCCAGCGUCCCGGAGGACUUUGCCCGGCGGGCUGGAGAACUGGCCCGUCGGCAGCUCUCGGUGGCCGAGAAGGGUGGGCAGCCGACGAUGCCCCGGCAGAACAGUGGUGGCCCCCAGCGACGGAUAGACCAGCCCCCUCCCCCGCCCCCGCCCCCGCCCGUCACUCGGGGCAGGACCCCUCCCUCCUUGCUGAGCACCUUGCAGUACCCCCGGCCGGCCAGCGGGGGCCUGCUUUCCUCCUCGCCCGACUGGCCGGGCAGCGGUGCCCGCCUGCGCCAGCAGUCUUCCUCCUCCAAGGGAGACAGCCCCGAAAUGAAACAGCGCACCAUGCACAAGCAGGCCCCUUCUCCGGUCAACCCCAAUGCGCUGGACCGCACAGCCGCCUGGCUCUUGAACAUGAACGUCCAGUUUCUGGAGGAGGAAAACGCCGAGCCGGAAUGCAAGCUCAGGAGUAAAGACGAGCUCAGCCAAGAGGAAAAGUAUCAGCAAGACGUGGCAGUGCUGCAGGACAAGCUGCGCCAGUCAGCCAAGAAGCUGGAGGAGUACGAAGUGCACUUCCGGUGCCAGGAGGAAGGCACGCAGAAGCUGGCGCUGGAGUACCAAGCCCGCCUGGAGGAGAGUGAGGACCGGUUGCGGCGGCAGCAAGAAGACAAGGAGAUACAGAUGAAGGGGAUCAUCAGCAGGCUGAUGUCGGUGGAGGAGGAGCUGAAGAAGGACCACGCGGAAAUGCAGGCGGCUGUGGACUCCAAGCAGAAGAUCAUCGAUGCGCAGGAGAAACGCAUCGCCUCCUUGGACGCGGCCAACGCCCGGCUCAUGAGCGCCCUCACGCAGCUGAAAGAGAGGUACAGCACGCAAACCCGCAACGGGAUCUCCCCCACCAACCCAACUAAAUUGCAGAUCACCGAGAGCGGUGAAUUCCGGAACAGCAGUAGCUGUUAACCCAGGGACCAUGCUGCUGCGGGUGUGCGAGAGAGUGAGCGAGAGGAGAGCCAAGUCGAGCGCCCAGGAGGGGUGAGCUACCUGGCACGGGCCUGGCACUCCCCUGGUCCGCCUCCUCCAGCGGGCAAAGCCAAGUGGACUCUGAGCGCUCCUCGCCAACAGCCCCUGGCCCAGGGAUGGCGCUGGUUUGCACAGGAGCCUCCAAACGAGCAGGAGCUAAGCCAGAUGUCCAAAGAAGAUGCUUCAACAGCAAAGGCAGGAAUGUGGAGAGACUUUUGACGUGCCCAGCACCCUGUUCCAAGCACGUUCUCCCUGAUCUGUCCUGGCUCCUGGCGCUGCCACCACCCUGGAAUUUGUUCUAGCUGCCACCAACACGUCCCACCGAGUGCUCGUUCGGUGCCAGGGGCCUUGUCCCCUUUCGUCUGGGGGAUGGCACUCCCCCCCUGGCCCCAACAGAUCUCAUCAGGGGUCGGAGGAGGAAUUGGAGCAGCUCAGGGGCUCCAUCACGGGCCGAAGGAUUCUCUGCACAGGCAUCUCUGUGUGAGUCCCUGAAGAAUGGCCGCUAGCCAGAAAACCUCAACCUGGGCGGAAAGUUCAGGGAUGUUCCACUCUCUCUCGGUUUAAGUUUGCAGAAUUCAUUUGGGGCUCAACUUUUAUCAGCACGGAUCCCCCUCCCCCUUCCAGCACUUAGGCUCCUCCCACCCAAGCAUUUCUGCCCCCACCCCCAGGGCUGGAGACAAGGCCAAAAAUAAAGGGGGAAAGGGCAGAAGGCGGCAUCAGUUCGAUGCAGCCAGGAGCCAGGCUGACGACAAUCUUGCGUCUGGGGGACACGUUUUGCGUGCCAACUUCUGCAAAGGCAACCCAUGAGCUGGGCAGCAGGAGGUCCGUUUUGGCCCCUGGCCAUCUUUAGGCUGGCGAGACACCCCCCCCCCAACAGUUUGAAAAGGAGGCGAAAGCUGCAGAAGACCCUUCCCCUCCCCCUUGCCCAGCCAAAGCGAGAGCCCACUUGAUGCGGGCAGGGCCACAACCUCCGGCCAAAGGGCUGUUUCGCUGCGCCAAACAAGAAGAGCGCGAAAAAUAAGCUUCCUGCUACGACGUGAAACUCUGAAGCCCGAGAAACCCAAUCCACACCAGGGCGUAGUGCAAUAGUGUGUCAGCGGAUACCAGGGCAGUCAAAUCUUCGGCGGGGUUUGCAAAAGGAAGAAACCAGCCUGGGCCUUCCGGGGGUGGUUUUGGUGUUGGGGUAACGCCCCCCCCCCCCCCCCCAAUUUCCUAGCACCGAGGGAGCUGCCGCCCCACAGAUGGGGAGGGCACCCACCCAAGCUGCUCACAGGGGUGGGUGGGGUCUGCUUGGCGGGCCCUAUUUCUCCAGCAACGUGUAUGGCAGGUCCCUGCAUGAUGGCUGCCGGAGAAGCACCAGAGGAUGAAAAAACAAACAAACGACAGCCUCCCUCGUGUACGAAAGCCGGUUAAUUCCCUCUCUUUUUUUCUUUCACAGUCUGCGUUAGGAAUAAAACAGCCCAAAGCCCAAAGCAGACUUUUUCUGGACUCCUCUCCUCUUUUCAGGGUGUGUGUGUGGGUGCUGCGUGGGAAGCUUGCCACCUCGACGAGGCCGCGCAAAAGAGAGAGUAACCGAGCAAGGAGGCGCCCUCUGAAAAGUGCCACCCCCCCUCCCUCUUUCCCUAAUCCGAACCGCUGGGCAGCCUUAGCCGGGCUGGCGGGCCUGUCUUGGCAGUGUGGUCCGUUGUGAGACCCCCCCUACAGGUGUGUAGGAGGCAGCAGCCACGAAGGAAGGCGAACGAAGCCAGACGUUGAAUCUCUCUCUCUCGCUCCAAACGCUUCCCCGCCCGCCAUCUGGCUCGGCUGCGUGCAAACUCUGGCCCCGGGGCCCUUUCCCAGAAGACCCGAAGUUUAAUCCUGACAACACCCCCACCCCCAACACCUGGCGAUCCCACCUGGUCCCCGAACGUUUGCAGACAAUCACGCUGCUUUUUCUGCACCCCGCUUUCUCUCUCUCUCUGUCUCUGGGGCGAAGGAACCAAUGCCUAAAGAUCAGUGGCACCGCUGGACGCCUCCCAAUAGUCAUGUCUUUUACCCCUCCUCCCAAUUUCCUAGGGCAUGGUGCCCAGGCAGGGUCUUAGGCAGCCUGGGCAAAGCAGCCGGGGACUGGGCGCCUUUCCUUGCCAAGCACUCCCAGGGCUCGCGGGGUCUUCCCUUUGAGUGGGGCAUGCAUCCGAAGCCCCUCCCAGCCAUCCAUACCUUAAGUAAGCAGGUACCUUCCCCUGCGCUGUCCUUGGUCCUGUUGGGCACUUUCAGGGCGCUGGGAACGUUUGCCCAAUGCCAUGUCACAAAUGCUGGACCCUGCCCUCCAGGAAGCCCUCUCGCCUCGCCCACCAGAGGCCUGAGAUGCCCAGGAGGGAACCCCUGUGCCAUCCGGGGUUCAGUCCAGCCCCUGGGUGCUCGACUGGAUGCCCUCCCUUCCUCACCCCUCAAGCCUGGGCAGGUGGGAGGGGCCCCUCAGCUCCCUUCUCCCAAUGGUUUGCACCUAGAAGAGAGAGAGACCUCUGCUGCCCUUUCAUUCUCGGGGUGCGCGUGUGUGCGAACCCCGUUUUUCUCUCUCCUUGAACUUUCCGCCAUAUGAACUGGUUACGAUCUGUAAGGUUUUCUCUCUCUCUCUCUUUUUUUUUUUUACAACUAAUCCUUCUAUAAUACAUACUGAUCUUUAGAAGUUGUACAGGUCCUCUUUGUAAAACGGAGAAAGAUGUUUUCAAGUAUCGAAUAUAAUGUGCCAUUUUUUUAAAAAAAAUUCUUUUGCCUGAGAAUUUUAAAAAAAAAGAAAAGAAAAGGCUGCUUUGAUUUAGGGGAGCUGCAGUGUUUAGAGUCACGCAGGGGGGGCGGAAUGGGGCUGGCUCUAUCCAAAUGCUCCUUUGGAAAACCCAGAUAAUGGAUGGUUCCCCGUGGUCUGGUUCCUCUUGGAAGUGAGCUUCGUGGUUCCUGCUAAAUUCUGGAGGGAGAAAACGUUGAUAUCAAAUAGGUGGGUUGUUUUUUUUUCCCCCAAUGCAAGAUCCAUCCCGAAUUUGACACUCGGGCCAAGCCAGCUUGGUGGGAAAUCAACACUGAGUCCCUGAGGGCUGAAUUGAAGACCCUAUAUGGGGAGGGGGCUGGGGCACCCCACAACCGUCACCCACAAUGCAAAGGAACCAGAGGGCCCGGGUUGACCCCAAAUGCAUGUCUGGUUUUGCUGGAUGAGACCCGAUGGGUAAAAAAUCCACUGGAUUGCUCUUGGGAAGGUGCCAGAGCCCACCAAUCCAGGGGCUCGGGUCACGAACGAAAGGUGCCAUGGUUUAGUUGAGCCCUCAACCAACUCUGGACCUGAUCGAGCCAAGGGGGGGGACAGUCGAUUUUGCUUUCAAACUGAGCAGGGAGCAGGUUUUUGCCCGACAUCCUCCCCCUUCAUCACAGCCCUCAUUGGGGUUGGGGGACAAGCCACAGGGGCCCACCCAGAUCCUUGGUGGCGGUCUCUAUCCAGCACAAUAGGCUGGAGGGGGUUGAGUUGGCCCCAGAGCCAAGCAACCCCCCCCCCCAUUCUCCCCCAAGCAGCCCAGUCCACCCACCUGGGCAACCGGGUGCAGAAGGUGGGCGAAGGAAAAGCAGCUGGUAGUGGGUUUUCCCAUCCAGCCCUCCUCCUGUACCACUCACCAUACCGUGCCACAAGGAUCUGUGUGGGGAGACCCAGAGAUUGUGCCCCUAUCCGGAAGAUGGGAAGGUUUCACCAAAGCCCCCCAAGGUGGGUGGGCAGUUGGGUGUGGCUGUUGGGGAAGGACAGUGAUUUUUCAACCAAACGGGACUCCCUUGUGGUUGCUCUGUGGUUCGGCAUCCAUUAUGUGAAAAA